CAUCCCGUCUGUCAGAGUUCAGCGAUGUGUUCCACUACCCUAACCUGCUGCGGACAGAUGCUCCACCCAGGGCUGUGGCUGAGGCCAUAGCUAUAUUGUUGGAUAAUCUACAGUGGAAUUACAUUGGUAUGGUUUUCACUGAUGACAAUUUCGGGCGUAGCAUGAAGGACUUAGUUCUGCGAGAGACCUACAGCCGUGGUAUUUGUGUUCCACAUGUAAUUGCCAUGCCAGAUACAGGUACAGCUGUAAACAUCAUGGCUGACAGAUUGCGGCCCGUGAUAGAGAAUGACGUAAUCGGUGUUGUCUACGCAGGAUCGGAAAUGAACGUUCCAGAAUUAUUCCAAGCUCUAGGAAAGUUAGAUCAGAGCAGAGUCAACCGGCUGCAGUGGGUGUUUCCUUGGUCAAAGUUUUCGAAACCCUUCAAUUCUCCCUUGUUUCGAGGAUCUUUGUCUGUGGCCACAAAGUCAAAGUUCAUCUCCGAAUUUGCAGAUUAUUUCACUUCCAUAAACCCACAGAGCCCGCAGGUUCAGAAUCCCUGGUUCCAGGAGUGGUAUAUGUUCACAAAUAAGUGCAAAUUUAACAACGCAACCAAUCCACUAGUCCAGAGUUACAGCCCCUGCAUUGUACCAACAUCAACAGAACGCAGGGCGGCGUUUACCCAGGAUGAGUCCGUCGAGCAGGUUAUCAAAGCUGUGUACCUUUUUGCCAACGCCCUACGCCGUGCCAGGAAUGACAAAUGUCUAGGGUCUGUGCAAACCUUCUGCACCAGUUUUGCUCAGAUGACUCCAGCGGAAUUCUUAGGUUAUAUGAAAACAGGUUUUACUUUCUCAGCUGCUGAAAAUCUCCCUAGCUUGUCGGGGACAAGUGUUUUGUUUGACGAUAACUUGGACUUGGCCACUUUUGCUGGAUUUGAUGUGUACAACUUCAACAACAGAUCUGGUACUGGUUUUCAAUUUCAGUCAAUUGGCUCCUACACUCGUCCUUCUGGUUUAAGUCUGAACACUGCGGCUGUCACAAUGUAUGACAUGGACAGAGUUACUCCCCUUGCCUCCAUUCCUCCGUCGGAAUGCACUUCACACAAUUGCAGUUACUGUACUCUACCACCAUCACGAGUGCAUUUCUCUACCUACCCGGCUAACAGUGGAUUGUUUAUUGGAGGCAUAUUUUCCAUUCACACCUCAGACCCGUUGGGCUACACCUGUGAUCAAUUUGACGUUAGUGGCGCUAUGCAUGCACUGCCAUACUUUUACGCCCUUGAUCGAGCUAAGCAGAAAUACCCGGAACUAAAUCUCGAAGGGCUGUUCAUCGACUCCUGUAAUCGGGGAGAAUAUGUGGCGGGCGUGUUGAACAGUUUCAUGAGUAACAUACAUCCAGCAAUGGAUCAGAAGGGGAGAAGAAUUAACCCUGGACGGGUCCUUGGAUAUGUUGAUGGAUCUUCGUCCAAAUCUGCAUUUCCAGUUGCAUUAACCUUAAAUUCUCUACACGUGCCAGAUGUAGGAUCUAUGGCUACAGUCAGCCACCUACAGGACUCUAUGGAAUUUCCUUUUUACAGGAGUACUGUGCCCCCUGACACUGAACAGGCAAGAGCUAUGGUGCAUUUUCUCUCAUUGGCAGGAUUCAGUUACAUACAAACUGUGUACCGUGCCGAUGAGUACGGCCGCCAGGGACAAAUGGACUUCAAGAUGGUCGCCGACACACAUUCUCUCUGCAUUGCAGGAUCUUAUGAGCUUGGGAGAGAAAACGAUGCUGAUGACAUAAUGAACAUGAUCCAACAGAAUCCAUCUGCCAAGACUCUUGUUGUCUUUGGGUAUGGUUCUGAUGUCCGGGAGAUUUUUGAAGCUAUGCAACGAACUGGAUCUGAAGGGGAUUUUGUUGUCUUUGCUAGUGCUGGAUGGGGAGAAACCCCACUGCCUGUUGAGCUGGAUGAUGUGGCAACCGGUAGUUUCACCCUUUCUUUGCAAACAUCUCCACUUGCAGGAUUCACAUCGUAUCUCCAAAGCUUGAAUGUAGGAUCGACAGGAGUUCCGUUUUAUUCCAACUUGUACGAAGAAGCCUUUUCGUGCUCUUUGGAUCCACAGUAUAUGAGGGGGUAUCCAUCUGAAUGUGACCGCACCCAGAAGCUGAACAACAAUCCUAAAGCUUUCACCCGAGUCCACCAGACCACGGCACAGUUUACGAUCCAAGCUGUAGAUAUGGUUGCUCAAGCCAUUGCAGCAGUCGUGCAAGAUGUGUGUGCCUCCAAAAAUCCCUGUUCGGCUUUCUAUGACUUGCCAGAUGCCCGUCAAAGAAUAAUGGAAAAUAUUAAGGCAAUCAAACCUACUUCCCCGGUCUCCUAUACCUACCAAGUUUUGAACUACAGGCCGAAGCAAGGACAGAAGUUUGUUCCGGUUGCCAGUUAUGAUCCAGCUGAUCGAGUGACGUCUUUAGGUUCGAACAGUCUUGUGUUCCCGAACAACCAAUCUGUCCACAACAUGGCCAGCAGGUGCACAGGUUUCUGCCAGCAAUGCUCUUACUUAGUGGCAAAGCAGCCAUACAUCAUGAAACGAGGUGACAUAAUGAUUGGAGCGCUGGUUGGAAUGUCCAAGAAAGACACUAACCCGUUUGUGUGCCAAACGGCAAAGGCUGAAGAUGGGUUCCAGUAUGCAGCAGCCAUCCAGUACGCCAUCAACCAGAUCAACUCUAAUAUGUCCCGGGUUAAGUUGAACAACGUUCGUCUGGGCACCUUAAUCAUAGAUGACUGUGAUAGCGCUGACAGGGCGCAUAACAUCCUCGGAGGGCUUUACACUGACACUUUCCGACCUGACGGAAUUGACUUAGACAACUUCAGGGGUUGGCUGACCUAUUCCUCUGAUAGCACAAUAGGGAGUGGAAAAUUCCUGGGAAAUCUCGGAGUACCUGUUAUCAGCCCCUUUGCCUCUGCUCUCGAACUUCGGGACAGAAAUGACUUUCCUUCUCUGUAUUUGACUGUCCCUCGAAUAGAUAGUAUGGUGUCUGCAUUGGUACAGGUGGUCAGGGCCCUGGGUUUUUCUUACAUCCAGCUAGUCUACUCUCCAACAGCUUAUGGGAAAUCUGGGAUGGAGGAACUGGAACAAGUAUCCAAACCAGAAGGCAUUUGUGUUGUCAGUACUUAUGAGCUGGGCUAUGGAAACAACAGCCAUAUCCUAAAUUCCCUGAAAGAAGGACAAACGAAUGUUGUUGUUGUAAUUGCGGAGCAUAGCUACUACAGUGCAGAACUAAACAAGUUGGCAUCAGCCUUGAAUCCAAAUAAAUACCUCUUUAUAACAAGCCAACCCAUGAAACUUACAGCUGCUCAAGUCGAGAUCAGCGUGGUACUGGAAGAACCUCCCAUUCCAGAUUUUUCCAACUUCCUCGCUACGCAGGGAGGUCAUUUCUUUAUCAGGUACUUCCAGGAGCGGUUCCAGUGCAAACUACCGGGUGCCUUUUAUAGUCCUUACCAGGCCACGUGUCCAGGCUCCGUUACAAGUACCAUUCUCAGCUCUGCUACAGAUGCUAAUGUACUAGCCACAAUCGACGCCGUUGAGGCUUUGGCAGAUGCCAUCCACAGAACCCUUCAGGAGAUGUGUGGAGUAAACUAUGACGAGGUUUGCUCCAAAUUUGAGGUCUCCAUGGAUACAAACAGUAAAAUUUUACAGAAGCUUGACAGUGUGUCCUUCGACGGGAAGAGAUUAUUUCAAAACAGAAUGUCUCCUCGAAACAUGAAAGUCCUUCAGAAGUCUGGCAAUGAUUACACAAAGGUUGGAUCUUUCAGUAGUGGUUAUCUAACUUUGAUGGACUCCAGUCCUCAGAAGAGGGCGCUGUUGCAGAAUGCUGCGAAUAUUAACUCUACCUGUAUCAGUCCCUGUGAAAGGUGCAUCGAGAAAUCGUUAAAUUUUACCUUCAUCCCUGGGGAUAUCUAUCUUGGUGGCAUGUUUGACGUACACACUCGGUCCAUCAGCCCGUUCACGUGUGGUAAAGUGAAGACUCUUCAUGGAUUCCAACUUCUUGAGGCAUUUCAAUUCGCCGUUGAUAGGGUGAACAAUAAAAUGGGGUCAUUUUCUGACAAGCUGAAAGGAGUUACUUUAGGGGCAAUCGGCAUGGACUCCUGUGAAAGUGCAGUCAGAACAGGUUACCAAGUGUCCAAUAUUCACAACGGAAUGUUUUCUGUGAAGAAAAAUGGAUAUGAAGUAGAUCCGUCUGAAAUAAAGGCGUACGUGGCAGCCUAUGAAAGUGACCGCACAAAAUACCUGGCCCGGAUCUUAGGCUCUCUUGAAAUACCACAGGUUAGCUACGGGGCCACCAGCAUUGAACUCAGUGACAAAGAUAGGUACCCUUUCUUUAUCCGCACUGUUCCCUCAGACGAUCAUCAGGCGGAUGCCGUUUUAGCUUUCCUCAACAAGAAGAAUAUGCGUUAUGUCCAGAUCCUGAGUUCGCCGACCGACUACGGCAGACUGGGAUCGAAGGCGUUCAUUGAGAGAGCUGAAAGGCACCGCAUCUGCGUCGCCCAGAGCGUGGUGUUUCCUGACAACGGUACCGUUACAAGAGAGAGUGCUAGUGAUGCAGUGACCACAAUGCUGGACAAACCCCUGGCCAACAUUGUAGUUAUCUUUGCAGAUACUGGGUACCUGAAUGAGUUUCUGAUGGCCGUGAAGAAAAACGUCCAAGCCAACAAGAAAUUCCGGUUUGUGGGCUCCAUCAUGUGGUCCCUAAACUUCCAAAUGGAUCCAUCCGUUGUAGAAACAACUUUGGGUGCUGUCACUCUUAACCUGGAAUCUAAAGACAUGAAAGCCUUUGACGAUUAUUUAAAGGAUAAAACUCCUGCUAACUACCUAGACAAUCCAUGGUUUGAUGAAUACUACGAGGAAAUCCGUAACUGCUAUUUACGUAAUCCUUUGGGGGAGUUUUUCCGAAACAAACCGUCCUGUGGGACGGAGUUCAGCUCAAUUGUGAGUGCAUCAAGAUACAUACAAGACCCAGGUGUUCUGCACGUUGUUAACGCUGUGUACGCCUCCGCCCACGGAAUACACUAUGCCUUAACACAGCAUUGUGGGUCCAACUACACGGGUGUUUGCGAACUAUUCAGAUCUUCUCCAUCGACAAAUGAGCUCAUAUUCAAGGGAAUCGAAAUGGCUCGCUUCAAGGACGACACUGGCGCUAAUUUCGAAUUUACCAACCGUAGGGAUGGAAACAAAGGCUACACGCUGUACAGUAUCGAAGAAUCCACAACUAAUUCAAAUGGUUACGUCUAUAAUUCGAUUGGAACUUAUAGUAACCAAAGUGGGCUAGAAAUGGAAACGUACGAAUCUGAUUGGGAAGGCAGUUGCGACCGACCAAGUGUGUGCACUGAAUGUCCGGGGUUACGUGAUUCUGUCACCAGGUACGUGGAGGGUCCGCCAGGCAAUGAUGUCAUCACGGCUACAAUAAUUGGAGUCUUUGACCUUCACAGAUCCCGGUCCUACGACGAGUUCCUCUGUGGAGAGAUGAACUAUGACACCGUGUUCUAUAACAUUAUGGCGUUCUUCUACACAAUAGAAAAACUGAUCAACAAUCAGCCUGGGUUUAGCUCUAAGGUAAAAAUCAAUGGUCUCGCGAUAGAUACUUGCUCCAGUAACAUCCGAGUGGACUCAGACUUGUACGGACUCUUAUCGGGAAAGGGCCUAUGUCACACCGACACUGACUUGUCCCAGAAACUUGGCAUGUCUAACAUAGCGGGCGUUCUGACUUUAGGCGAAGACAACACUUUUGCAGCAAACAGAGUCUUGUCCCCAUUAGCCAUCGGUAUGAUCAGCCCAGACGCUAGCUCAUUGUUACUCCGGAAUACUGAGCGGUAUGAUUAUCUCUUGCGAGCCAGCCCACCUAGCACAGAACAAGCCAUGGCCAUCUUGGCUAUUCUCCGGAAACACGGAUGGGACUACGUCUCUGUGGUGUACACUGAUAAUGGGUUUGGCACCAGCCUGUAUUCAACGUUUAGGAAGUAUGCUGCGGUGGAUGGAGUCUCACCAGUUUGCUUGGGUCUCUCAUUAUCGGUCCCAGAAGAGGCUUCAGCAGACAUCUACCAGUCUGUCGUACAGGAACUUGAUGAAAAUGGUAAGAAGGGCGCGCGAGCAGUUGUGCUCUUCACAACCAAACAAGCAACCAGUCGUAUGAUAAGAGCAAUCAAAUCUGCACGUCCAACAACGAAGUUCAUCCUGAUCGGAACCGAUGCCUGGUCUGUUGAUGCUGAACUCCUUCGCAACCAAGAGACUUUCCUGGAAGGAACCAUCACUCUGACAAAAAUCAAGCCUCAGGUUCAAAAGUUCAAGGAGUACUUUGCCGAAAACAUGAACAAAGGGGACCAAAAACUCCUCCCCAGAGAUUGGUAUGAAGAGUGGUACCAGCAUGCCCACAAGUGCCACCUGGCGGAUGGCAGCACCAUAAUCUCUCUACGUGAUAAGUACCCACUGCCAUGCCAGGGAAACCUGAUAUUGAAUGCUACGGCCAUCCACCACGACGCCAACGUGUUCCACACCAUACUCUCCACAUAUUCCAUUGCAGCGGGACUAAGUGAUGCUGCAAAAGAAUGUAUCAAUGCUACAUUGGAGGAAUGUAUGCGAGCUGGUGGGUAUGCCUUCCGCUCUCGUAUCUUUACCACAACACACGGAUUAAUGUGGAGCGCGGUUGACUCUAAAGUUAACACGGACUCUGUGAAGAACUUUAAUUUUACCUUCAACAAAAUGCGCUACGGCAACACUGGGUAUACAGUUAACUCCGUGCAGUAUGGGGAUAUGGGACGCCUUGAGUACCAGAAGGUUGGGAAUUGGACGUCAACACUGGUGAUGGGCGAUCUGUCCCAUUAUGAUGACAUAAGAUCGGUGUGUCUAUUGAAGAAUAAGUGCUCUUGCACCGUAUUUGGUCCCACAACUGGAGCCUUGACAGGUGCCAGUGGCUAUGAAGGGUUAGGCGACCUUCCCAGAAACUACUAUGACAUUGAGACGACCGUCUACAGCAACGGGACCGUAGGGUACAGGAGACGAUUUGAUUGGCCCAUUUGGGCAAUUGUUUUGGGAAUUCUCACAUCCUUGGGAAUUUUGGUUUGCCUGUUUCUGUUUGUGAUACUGCUUGCUUGCUAUCCCAUCAAGACUGGCACUACAAUUUUGGGCUUCUUGCUCCUCGUCGGUAUCAUAGGAAUCUACGCUAUAAACUUUGCUUUCUUCCUUCCGGCGAGUGUUGUCACCUGCGGAGCUCGACGAUUCGUAAUGGGCAUCGUCUACGCCAUAUGUUUUGCAGCCCUUCUGGUCAAGGCUGCCGACAACUGGCGUUAUGGGGAAUUUGAUACCGCACCAAAGAAAUACAAAGGCAUAACAAGCGCCAUUGGUCUUCUUCUCAUCGCCCUGUUCCUAAUUUUCAUCCAAGUGAUAAUACCAAUCAUGUGGCUUACGGUAGAUGAACCUGCAGCCUUCCUUCUCAGCGACAGCGUCAUUCCUCAUGAUUAUUGGUGGUGCGGACCUCCUCCGUUUUACGAUCUGGCGCUGGUCUUGUCCUUCAUCUAUGUUAUGAUCCUAGUUAUCCUAACAAUCAUCUUUGCAGUUUUGGCUUGGUUCAAUCAAAACAACUAUUACGAGUCUCGCUGGAUCCUUGGAGUGUCCAUCUCAACGGCUGGUAUCCUCAUGGUCUGGAUGAUCGUGUCGACAAUGGCGGCUGUACCUUACAGAGACGCUGCCGUCGCCGUGGGGAACUGGGUCAACGCCACGCUCCUCCUCAUUUGCCUGCCUUUGAGGAAAACUUUCCUCCUGUUCCGAAUUUUACGAAACGGAAGUGAAGAUGAUAUGUCUGAAAAAGAUAGUAAGAUAAACGGCUACAGCACAGAAUUCGUCAACACCACCUUCGAUGUUGACGAUUACCAGUACAACUCUAAGAGCAUGUACUCCAUGACGGACAAGUCGGCCGUUUACAGCACCCAGGAUGGCCAGGUGGUGCUCAAGAGAGCUCCGGAAGCGGACAAUACAGUUCACGACACGGAUGUCACCGACUUGAGGCAGAGGGAGACCGGUGAGCAGACGGCCUCCAUGUUGAUUGGAGAGGAGGAUAUGGUUACAUCACCAAUCGUCGUUGAAAGCAGCGGGUCCGCAGCUGUAGCAGCGGAGGCCCCCACGAUGGAGGGACAAGAUGUGGCAGUGGCCAGACUUGGCGGAGAUGAGGUAGAAACCAGCACACAUGUGGAGAUAAAGUCCAGCUAUAAGCAAGAGGAAUAUGUGACCUACAAUACUGACUAUGAAGCUGAGGUUGCCAUUGAGCCUCCUAAGGAUGAAAUACCCGAUCCUGUCAUUAUCACCGAACCAGUGUCGUCCGGAAGUGAGAUGGGGUCAGACUCGGAUUCCGACACUGGUGACUUCACUGACAGUCAAGAAGAAGAGCGCAUUCCAUGGGAGAUAACAGAAGAUGGCCAAAUAGCCGAAUCUGACUCCGGCCACCCCCAUAGACGAGUUCUCACCAGAUCUUACGAAGUCACUAGAGAGGAGGAGGUGACUGUAACAACACUAGACUGAAUAUCAGCUGUAUAUAACCUUAAAAUGCUAGAAGCUUUUCCCAUAUCACGGAGAUCAACACUGAACAUUGGCAGUCAGAUUCUAAUUAUGCGCAAUGGUUGUGUUAAGUCGAGUAAUUGUGAUAUUUUAACUUCUUCUGUAAGAAUCACAGCAGCUUAUUUCACAAAACUAUGGUUGGAAUUGAGUGAGAUUUUAACGUGUUCCACAGUUCACGGUUUAAAUUGUGAUACAUACACAUAAUAGAACAGAACAGGUUGGGUCCAGAAAUAAGCGUCUAAAUAGAGUUAAAAGUAGUGGAAUAGGCCCCGAUGUAUCUCUCGCUUAUUGAGUCAUCUAGUGCCAAUGACUAAACAUUUUACAUAUAAAUAUUGUGCUGUGUGCUUGUAUAUGUGUCUGAGUUUUGCUACACUGUUUCACGAGCUGUGUAGUUUUACGUUGAAACUAGCGUACUUAUCUUGGAGUGGACUUUUGGUAUAAAACCACGUAUAAAAACGCAUGAAAAGUUAAAAAAAAAUUCGUCAAAACUGGUAAAAUGUUAUCCUACUGUUUUUCUUUGUACUGUCUUUUGAAGAUAGAGCAAAUUUUACGCACGGCUACGAGAUCAUAAUUUGCUUGAAAUUGUGUACAAAUAUUUUAAACUAUAUUUCAUUUUUGUGAAGUUUGUUUCAUAGAAAUGUAUAAGUAUAAAGAGUUUACCGGAUAAGUUAUUCGAUUUGUUCGAUCUAGACGAACAUAAGGUAAGAAAAAAAAUUACAAUUUGACUAUUCUGAACUAACGUUAAAGAAAUGGUUUUCUCUCCCAGACUGAAGAAUCAGUAUUCUCCCCUCUCUUGUGUUUGUCACCCCC